GCGUCGGAAGUGCAUCACGGCGGCCAUGCUUUGAACACCGUCCUACUGCUGGUUGCAGGGCCAUCCGCGGCAGCCGCUGGCAGCGGCGGUGCGGCGCCAGCUCCCGGAACCCCGCUCGUGCCCCCGAAGGCGCCCAUCCCCGAGUUCUCAUUCGGUGUCUGGAACGCUACCGAUGGCACCGUCUGCAUACUGGCCAAGUUCCAGGUCUUCUUCACCAUCACCUACGCCGGCAGAGGGGGACUUCAGACGGUAACCCUGAAAAUGCCCGAGAGCGCCAAAGCCAAAGGAAUCUGCCCCACGGAGGACCAGGAGCCCGUUCUGGAACUUACAUGGCCAGUGUUCCGGUUCAUCCUGAUGUUCUCCAGAGUUCCCCCAGUGAACGACAAGGGCAAAGGAUCAUGGAAGGUUAGCGGUUUGGAGAUCCAGUUCAACACAAACUCCCCUUUCUUCCCGGGCGCCACGAACGCCGGCAAGCGGACGGCCCGCAGUCCAGAGAAUAUGACGCUGUUCGAGACACCGAUGGGCGAGUCGUACUUUUGUCCGACGCCUAAGCUGGUCACGCUGACGGACUCGCGCGGUGGACGCAAAGUGGCCGUGCAGUUCAAGGACCUGCGCAUCCAGGCGUACGAGUUCCAGGGAACCUAUGGUCCAGGUGAGUUCUUACAGAGGUGA